GUUUCCAGGAACAUAUCAGGAUGCCUGAACCCGUCAAGUCUGCGCCCAAGAAGGGCUCCAAGAAAGCCGUGACCAAGACCGCCGGCAAAGGAGGCAAGAAGAAGAGAAAGACCAGGAAGGAGAGCUACGCCAUCUAUGUGUACAAGGUGCUGAAGCAGGUGCACCCCGACACCGGCAUCUCCUCCAAGGCCAUGAGCAUCAUGAACUCGUUCGUCAACGACAUCUUCGAGCGCAUCGCCUCCGAGGCUUCCCGCCUGGCUCACUACAACAAGCGCUCCACCAUCACCUCCAGGGAGAUCCAGACCGCUGUGCGCCUCCUGCUGCCCGGUGAGCUGGCCAAGCACGCUGUGUCUGAGGGAACCAAGGCUGUCACCAAGUACACCAGCUCCAAGUAAACUCACUGCCGCAAACUCAACAAAGGCCCUUUUAAAGGCCACACAAAUGUCAACAAGAGCAAUUGUUUCCUUUGUCAAGGUGGGA